GGUCCCUUUUCCCACCGCCUGGCCUCUUUCAUGGAAGUUGCCAUUGCUUGCUGAUUUAGGCCACACCUCCACCAAUUCGGAGGCUUUCAGCACUCACUCACACUUGAAGUUUGAAGUAUUUAUUAUCAGAGGAGAUCUAUAGGUUUUGAUUGUGGCAAUGGGAGAAGUAGGCCUUUUUUCCUAUCUCUUCGAGCAAACUGAUAUGGUAGGUGACUCCCCGCCGGAGGACUUAUUUAGCAUCCUCGAGACGUUUGAGGAUGCCGUCAGUGGUAGCAAAGAGAGAGCUCCCUUUGGCCCCAAAACGACGACUCUGGUUGCUUCUCAAGUAAUUGGCUCGCGCUCCAGGACUCUCGAGGUCGGCGCCGACGAACGCCACGCUUCGAAGAAGCGAAGAAAGCUGGAUUCGCCGGCGGCGGAAGACCCCGGCAGCCAAGAUGGGCAGCAGAAGACGUCCCACAUUACGGUGGAGCGCAACCGGAGGAAGCAAAUGAACGAGCACCUGUCGGUGCUCCGCUCCCUGAUGCCUUGCUUCUACGCAAAGAGAGGAGAUCAAGCAUCCAUCAUAGGAGGAGUUGUUGAUUACAUCAAAGAGUUGCAGCAGGUUCUACACUCCCUGAAGGCCAAGAAGCAGAGAAAAGCCUACAGCGAGGCGAUAAGUCCAAGGCCUGUUUGCUCCAGCCCCAGGCCGCCGCCACCGAGCCCGAGAAUGGCUCUCCCGAUAAGUCCGAAGACUCCUCAGCCCGGUAAACCUUACAUGCCGAGCAUUCAAUUACCUCCACAUGCACAGCAUCAGGCUUACCUUUCCCCUACCGUACUUCAAGCAGCAGAGUCAUCUCCUUCUUUUAGUAGCGUCGUCGCCACCACCGCGGCGAACUCCAAGUCGGCGGUGGCAGAGGUGGUGGUGAAGUUCUCGGGCCCGAAUGUGAUUUUGAAGACGGUGUCGCAUCGCAUCCCCGGGCAAGCUCUCAAGAUAAUCGCGGCGCUCGAGGGCCUCGCUAUGGAGAUUCUCCACGUGAGCAUCAGCACCAACGUUAACGAAGACACCGUGCUCAACUCCUUCACUAUUAAGAUUGGAAUCGAAUGCGAGCUGAGUGCUGAAGAACUCGCGCAAGAAAUCCAACAAACAUUCUUGUAACAGCAAGAGUUGUCUAUCUAAAUUUCUCCUAUCGUAUCUGGAGGUGAAAGUGUGGUCGGUUGCAAAUUAAAUAGAAUGGGGGAGGCACCUGCAAUCAAGUCCAAGUCUAAUUAUUAAUUAAUUAGCCAGGAAACUAAUUAAUAACCAAUUAGUGCUGUAAAUUAUUUUUUUAAUGCAGUCUUUCCGCUUAAUUCUCACCGAUCUAAUGUCUUAAGUAUGAUCAGUCAGUCUUGGCAGAUUUUGACGAAAUAGGUU